AUGGCUCCAAUGGCGGAGGACCCGAGUCUUGUCAUGAUCACAUCCCACUCCCAUACCCACCACUCUAUCCCCUCGAAACCAACGACCCACGUUCUGGCGUCUGUCUUACAUGGACCCCGCGAGGUACAACUGGAAAAACGAAGUAUCGAGGAACCUGCACUAGGCGAGCUUCAAAUUCAGAUCAAGUCCACGGGAAUCUGCGGCUCAGAUGUCAGUUACUACAAAAAGUUCGCAAAUGGCGACCUAUGUGCGUGCGCACCUUUGUCACUUGGCCAUGAAUCUUCCGGUGUAGUUGUGGGAAUUGGCCCUCAGGUCAAUGGCUUCACAAUUGGCGACAGAGUUGCCCUCGAAGUCGGCAUUCCCUGCGGUCAAUGUACGAUAUGUAGGAAAGGAAGAUACAACCUCUGCAAGAAGAUGAGAUUCAGAAGUAGUGCGAAGAGCGUUCCUCAUUUCCAAGGAACCCUUCAAGAGAGAAUCAAUCAUCCAGCCAUCUGGUGUCACAAAAUUCCAGACCAUAUAUCUUUCGACGCAGCUGCUCUCCUCGAGCCUCUAUCUGUCGCUAUCCACUCUCUAAAUCGUGCUUCUCCAGCACCAGGAUCCACGGCCCUCGUCAUCGGUGCUGGCACCGUCGGUCUGCUCGUUGCAGCGAUGGCCCGCCAGUCCGGCUGCACCUUCGUGACCAUCAUAGACGUCGAUGAAGGCCGGGUGAACUACGCCAUAAAAAAGGGAUUCGCAACACACGGCUACGUCGUUCCCAAACCAUUCCACUCAAGUGCCUCAUCCUCCUCAAUCUUCACCUCUGGAACUUCAACUCCAGCCAGCUCAGACGGAGCCAUGACUCCGCUCAGCAGCUACAGCAGCAUCAGCGACCGUCUCGACGGCGCAAAGGCAGUAGCUGCUGAUGUCCUCUCCGUAGCGAGACCAGAUAUGUCCCCUCUAGAAGAUGACGAAGAUGAUGGAGUCGAUGUCACUUUCGAAUGUACCGGCAAGGAAGCCUGCAUGCAGACUUCUCUUUACGCCACCAAACCCGGCGGGAAAGUCAUUAUGGUCGGCAUGGGAACGCCAAUCCAGACAGUGCCACUCUCCGCUGCUCAUCUUCGUGAGGUAGACAUCCUUGGUAUUUUCAGAUACGCGAAUACGUACCAGACGGGUAUCCGGCUCUUGGCUGGAAAGGGAGCCAUGAAAUUGCCGAGUUUGGACGAUAUGGUGACCCAUAAGUUCAAGGGACUGGCCGAGGCGAAGAAGGCUUUUGAAUUGGCGGGACGGACGGUUGAUGAUGAAGGGAACUUGGUAAUCAAGGUCGUCAUUGAAGCGUAA